CCCACCCCAUUCCCACCACCUCUCCCACCAUCCAAACCCUAAACGCACCGUCGCCAGAGCAGCGUACGCCGGAGCAGACGCUUGGAUCGAUCCUAGCUUAGCUUGUGUAUACACUCUUUCUUUCCACAGCGAUGGCCGAGAGGACGAUGACGGCAGCGCCCCGGCCGCUCCUGCGCCGGGUGCUCUCGUUCCGGGAGCCGCUCCUGCUCAUCCCUCACCUCCUCACCUUCCUCGGCGCCGCCGCCUCGGCCUUCUUCGGAAGCUACUCGACGUUUCUGCAAUCGUUCGCGAGGUCGCUCUUCCCAUCAGCAGUCGCCAAGUGCGCGCACACGUCACCCAUCGGUGGCGACCUGUGCGCGCCGUGCCACGGCGGCAGCGAGAGCGUGGAGGAAGAAGAAGAGGAAGCGGAAGAGGAAGAGGAGGAGGCUGUGCUGUGCAGGGAGGAGGUGGAGGCGAUCAUGGGGAGGAUCGGGCUGGGAGUGGUCGGCGCGCACGGCGGCGACGCCGGGCUCGCGGCCGCCCGGAUGGGCCACGACGAGGUGUCCAGGCUGUUCGACGCCGAGGAGCCGAGCUUCGCCGAGGUGCAGAGCGCCUUCGCGGUGUUCGACGGCGACUGCGACGGGUUCAUCGGCGCGGCGGACCUGCAGGGCGCCCUGGCGAGGCUUGGGGUUCGGGAGGAUGCCGCCGCGUGCCGGACCAUGAUCACGGCCGCCGGUGGGGGCAGGGACGGCAGUAUGAACCUGUUCCAGUUCGUCAGGUUCCUCGAGAAUGGCCUGUGUUGAGCCUGAGGAACUGAUCACUUCAUUUUCUUCUUCUUCUUCUUCUUUCGGUUGCACUACGGCUCAGCUGGUGGCGUGAGAUGAGAGUGUGUAUUCGGAGUUGGUGUUUGAUCUUGUGUGUUUUUUCCUCCUGCCAUGAGUUGGGGGGUGGAUGGUGCAACAAUUGACACACUAAUUCCCAAGAAAAUUCAUCAGCGGAACUAAUUUUCCGAUUACAAAGAGCUCACUUUGGUGA